CACAAGACGUUCAUCGUUCGCUGUAAGCCGCGGGCUUUUCCUAUAAACAAGGGUUCUUCAGGGGAUAGUAAAAUCCAACCGAGGUCUUAUUUAACUGCGUAAAGAUGUGGUCCAUCUAUAAAUAAACCAAGUCGUGAAGUCCAGUACAACUGUCAACAGUCACAUUCGACACGAAACAAGCUUAAAAUACAGGGAAACACAAAGUACCGAACUAAAUAACAAGGAAUAAAUCACCGAAACCACUCCAUUGCUAUACGAAUUGGUGACCUAAUAUCAGUGUAUGAGAAGCAGACACCUGCUAUUAACUAGACAUAGAAUAAGUUGCUAGGCGUUUGUGCAAAUAUGAUUGACGAUUAAGUUCCCGCUCAUUUGGUGGUCUGCUAGCAUAGGAAGAAGCGAGGGAAAAAAAAACAGUCAGCCUGGCAGAAAGAACAGACCUUGAUGUGUGUUACUGAAGAAGAUAGGCCAUAUAUACUGGUAUUAUUGACUAAGAAACUAAAGAAAUAUAUCUACUGCUAGUCUGGUUGUCCUGGUUGUCUAGUGAUUCUCUGGUCUAUAACACUCUCAAGUUGCACUUGAAGACAAGAGGUUCGAAGACUAUCCAUAGGUGUGGGCAUUUUGGUACGUUUGCAGCUUAAACGGUGCUGAAAUCCUUCGUAAUCCCUCUAGAAACUAAAAUACAGCUAGUGAAAGGUCCCCAAAAACAAGCCUAAUUUAAGAGUCUCUUAGCAACUGUGUCGCCAUAGCAAUGAAUGGCACAGAACCGCCUGACGUCAGCAAAUCACGUGCUCUAAGCACGAGUGACAUUAUCUUGGUUUCCUACCUCUGUCUGGUCAUAGUAACUGCCUUAUUUGGUAACGCCUUAUUAGGUAUCGUUAUAAUAAAGAAGAGUCUACUCCAGAACGUUCAUUACUACUUCAUUCUUAAUCUUGUCGUCGCUAACUUUCUAAACGCGCUACUCAAAAUACCGACGUCCAUUUUGAUAAGAGUCGACAAAGACUGGUACCCACAUUACGGAGUUUGCUACUUCACUACCCCACUGGGGGUUUUAUUUGGCUCGGCGUCAGUUGGUACUUUAGCCACGGUGGCUAUAAAUAGAUACUUGGUGAUUGCGUCACCGUUUAGUUACAGCGAUAAAAUGCCCCCUGCUUUUGCAAAGACAAUUUUGGCAGGAAUAUGGAUUGGCGCGCUUGGGCUUGCCAUUCCACCAACUACGUGGAGAUCUAAGGAUUCGAUCUGCAGUAGUGGCGGCGUAUCCAGUGAACACAAACUGUCGGAAAUUUUAUACUUUGUACUUGCAUUAUGGAUGUUCGUUAUCAUUAUCCCAAGCAUCGUCAUGUUUAUGGCGUACUUUAAAAUCUAUCUCAUCGCUCGUAACCAUGCUAAACGGAUGGAAGCACAACAAACCCCAGCUCUGACUCACACUGACCAACAAACCAAAAAGCGAAGGAGAGACCUUAAAGCUGCUGUCGUACUUGCUGUUAUUGGUGGCAUUUUUAUCAUUUGUUGGCUGCCAUUUUUCGUCGUUCAAGCCAUACACAAAUUUGGUGGACAUAAACUAAAUCCUAUCUACUUUAACGUAUUUUUAUGUAUCAUGUACACAAACGCUGCAUUGGACCCACUAGUACUGUUAUUUUUUAACGCUGAGAUGAGAGUUGCAUUUGUUCGAGUUUUCUGCAAAAGACUUAUACGAGUCCGUCCUCAAAGUGGCGGGAACACAACUUGUGGGCACGCAAGCGCAGUCAUUCAAACAUGACACCGAAGACUCACUUGAGAAACAAUUGGAAAUUCACGUAACUUAUUCCUGACUUAUUCAUAUAAUAAACCUAUUAUUAAUUAUGUCA